UACGCCACCGAAUCUUCUCUCUCCUCUUUUCCCGACAAUAAGAAAGAAAAGGAAGGCAGCUAUGCUUAUGAUAACACUGUUAUUUAGAGAGAGAAAGUAAGUAAGUUAGAGAGAGAAAGACAAAAAUUCAGGGGAAAAAUCUAAGAAAAACAAUGAGAUAUUGACGAAAUGGCGUUAUUCUAGCCUUCUAGGGUUUCAUUGCACCUCAAUUUCUAGGAUUUUUUAACUACUUAUUGGAUUGAUUGGAAAUUCUACGAGGCCCAAGAGUUUUCUGAUUGAAUUUUCCAUGGAAAUGCCUGCUAGAAGAUCAAACUACACACUUUUAAGCCAAGUCGAUGAUCAUACAACUCCGCCGCCGUCGACGGUGGCUUCGAAGUUUUCCGGUGUUGGAGGAGGAGAGAGAAGCUUGUUUCCACCGUCGAUCGGGUUGCAGAGGCAGAGCAGUGGGAGUAGUUUUGGGGAGAGUUCAUUGUCGGAUCAUUACGUGCCGUCGAUCUCUUUGCCGGCGAGCGAUCUCGACGGCUUCAGCUACAUGCAGGAGGAGAGAGAUUCGAGGAAGAGGGUAGCGAUUGAUGGUGGCGGCGGCGGUGGAGGAUCUUCGGCGUCAAAGAGUUGGGCGCAGCAGACCGAGGAGAGUUAUCAGUUACAAUUGGCUUUGGCUUUGAGGCUUUCUUCUGAAGCUGCUUGUGCUGAUGAUCCUAAUUUCUUGGAUCCGAUGCCAGAUGAAUCUUCUUCUCGGUUGUCUUCCUCUGAGUCCGCUGAAUCCAUUUCCCAUCGUUUCUGGGUGAAUGGCUGCCUCUCGUACUCUGACACAAUUCCUGAUGGAUUUUAUCUCAUUCAUGGGAUGGAUCCUUAUGUUUGGACAGUUUGUGCUGAUUUACAAGAGAGUGGUCGAAUUCCUUCUAUUGAAUCCCUAAAGCUGGUAAAUUCUGUAAAUGAAUCUUCACUUGAGGUAGUAUUGAUUGAUCGGCGUGGUGAUUCCAGUUUGAAGGACUUGCUGAACCGAGCUCUGGAUAUAUCCUGUAAAUGCGUGACCUCCGAUGAUGUUGUUGAUCAGCUAGCAAAGCUGGUAUCUAGCCGCAUGGGGGGCGUCGCUUCAACCAGAGAGGAGGAAUUGGUUCCCAUCUGGGAGGAGUUCAGUAAUGGUCUCAAGGAUUGUCUGGGUUCUGUUGUGCUUCCUGUUGGUAGCUUGUCUAUUGGCCUAUGCAAACAUCGGGCUUUGCUAUUCAAAGUCCUUGCUGAUUCAAUUGAUUUGCCGUGUCGAAUUGCCAAGGGAUGUAAAUAUUGCAAUAGAAAUGAUGCUGCCUCUUGCUUAGUACGGUUUGGACUUGACAGGGAGUAUUUGGUUGAUUUGGUUGGAAAGCCAGGUUGCUUAUGCGAGCCUGACUCCUUGCUUAAUGGCCCAUCAUCCAUAUCAAUUUCUUCACCACUACGCUUUCCACGAUUUAGAUCAGCUGAACCUGCCAUUGACUUUAGAUCACUGGCCAAACAGUAUUUUUCAGAUUGUCAAUCUCUGAAUCUUGUAUUUGACAGACCUUCUACAGGUGCAGUUGUGAAUGAGCAAGAUGCAGGAGAUCCUAUGUAUCUUAAGCAACUUGGUAGAAAGCUGCCCGACGUAAACAAUCCUAUACCAAAUGACCAAGUACAUUCUCAGUUUGUUGGUCAUGAUAGAGAACCCCAGUGUUCUGAAUCUAGUAAUCCUCCACAAAAUAUUGGAAGAGCAUCUAAUGCCAUCAGAGAGUUUCUUCCAUCAAGAUUUGUUCCUCCUAGCAGACGAGGGACCCAGGCAUUAACUGAUUCAGCGAGAAAUGCAUCAAAAGAUUUUCGGUUUGAGGCUAGUCAACUAGUUUCAAGUAGAAGUGAAGCUGCACUGGACAUGGACGAUUUGGUCAUCUCGUGGAGCGAUCUUGUCGUAAGGGAUAGGAUUGGAGCAGGUUCCUUUGGAACUGUCCAUCGUGCUGAAUGGAACGGAUCGGAGGUUGCAGUCAAAAUUCUCAUGGAAUCAGAUUUCCAUCCAGAGCGCUGUAAUGAAUUCUUGAGGGAGGUGGCGAUAAUGAAACGCUUACGGCAUCCAAAUAUAGUUCUCUUCAUGGGGGCAGUUACUGAACCACCUAACUUGGCCAUAGUGACAGAAUAUUUAUGCAGAGGAAGUUUAUACAGGCUUUUACAUAAAUCGGGUGGCAGAGAAGUAUUGGAUGAGAGGCGGCGUCUGAGUAUGGCAUAUGAUGUGGCAAAGGGAAUGAAUUAUCUUCAUAAGCGUAAUCCACCUAUUGUUCAUCGGGAUCUUAAGUCUCCUAACCUCUUAGUGGAUAAGAAAUACACUGUGAAGGUCUGUGAUUUUGGCCUUUCGCGCCUGAAGGCAAAUACUUUUUUGUCGUCGAAAUCUGCUGCUGGAACACCUGAGUGGAUGGCACCAGAAGUUCUGCGUGAUGAGCCAUCAAAUGAGAAGUCAGAUGUCUACAGCUUUGGUAUAAUAUUGUGGGAGCUUGCAACAUUGCAGCAACCUUGGAACAGCUUAAAUCCAGCUCAGGUUGUUGCAGCCGUUGGUUUCAAGGGAAAGAGACUUGAUAUUCCCAGUGAUGUAAAUCCACAAAUAGCUACUAUUAUCAAGGCGUGUUGGGCAAAUGAGCCUUGGAGGCGUCCAUCCUUUGCCAACCUUAUGGAUUCCUUGAGGUCACUUCUUAAACCUCCUGCACCUCAAUCAGUUCGUGGAGAUGCACACAUUAUUACGUAACUCUUGAUGGAUAGAAUUUUGCUGUUUACUCUCUCCUCGUUCAUAUUUGCAAGAUUCUUUUCCUGGUGAGAUGUUUGGAAAACCGUAUCUGUCCAUCCAAUAAUCCCAGGUCAAAUGCUGUACAUCUCUGUUACCUUGCCGAUUGAGAGUUGAUUUUUUGACAAAAAAAAAGUAUACAUUUAGCCAUACUACUAUACUAGAUGAUCAAUAUGGAUAGUCUUCCAGUACAGUUGUCCGCCUAUUCUAAUCAUAUCAUCAUGAUUUUGUAUGUAACUGAUGCGGAUUAGGUUCGGAGAUUAGAAUCUGAGUGAAAUGUGCAUAUCCUGACGUAGGAACUAGAUAGAUAAAAACAUUCUCUUCCUCUCUUGAUUUUGGCACCAUUUAACUUUGUAAUAACACUCACUUAUUCUUUGAUUGAUGAUAAGUAGAGUGGGAGUGUCGAUGUAAAUCAUGUCCCAGUCUGUAUUAAUUUCCUAAUGGGGAAAGGUUGAGCAUCUCAAAAUGUCCAAUAAUAUAUGACUACCCUUUGUGAUGGUCAUGGCUUUUGGGUGUAUUUUGUAUCAGUAUUCAGAUAGAUGUAUGAUCUCUUGUAGCGAUAACUUUUUGUUCCAUUGUUUUUC